GUUAAUUCCUCCACAGGAUUGAGCAGCAGCUGCAGAUGCGGUAGUGGUAGUAGAAUCCCUAGCUGCCGCCACUCGCUCAUCGUCGUGAGCACACGACGGAAGAUCGAUCUGUUGCUGCAAACAGGGGCAAGAAGAGGAGAGGAGGGAUCAUCAAGACGAUCGAGCAGCAGCAUGGCCUCCUUCAACAGGCACUGGCCGAGCAUGUUCAGGUCCAAGCACGCCGCGCAGCCGUGGCAGACGCAGCCCGACAUGAGCAGCUCGCCGUCCUCCCUCCUCUCCGGAUCCACCACCACCACCGGCUGCUCCCUCAAGCACUCCUCAGGGGGCGAGGAGAGGAGCCCGGAUCCGAAGCCACGGUGGAACCCGAGGCCGGAACAGAUCCGGAUCCUGGAGGCCAUCUUCAACUCCGGCAUGGUCAACCCGCCGCGCGACGAGAUCCCGCGCAUCCGCAUGCGCCUGCAGGAGUACGGCCAGGUCGGCGACGCCAACGUCUUCUAUUGGUUCCAGAACCGCAAGUCACGCUCCAAGAACAAGCUGCGCACCGGGAGCGGCGGGCGCGCAGCCCCCGCGCGCGCACCGCCGGCCCGCCAGGGGGCUGCGCCCAUCACGCCGCCCCCGGCGCAGCCCCAGGCCCAGCAGGUGCAGCUGCUCGCCUCGCCCGUGCAGGCGCCUACCUCGUCGUCCUCGUCCUCCUCCGAUCGCUCGUCCGGGUCCAGCAAGCCGGCCGCGAAGCUGGCAGCGCAGGGGAUGUCCGCGACGGCGGCCAUGGACCUGCUCGAUCCGCUUGCCGCGGCCUGCCCGCAGAUGUACUACCAUGGCCACCCUGUGGCGCCGGCUUCAGCGCCUGCGCCCAAGGCGCAGGAGCUCGUGGCCCCCGAAGACCCGAUCUUCCUGCCGUUGCCGCAGGGCUACUACCUGUCGGCCGCAGAGGUGGCCGCCAUUCUCGGCGCGCAGUACAUGCACGUCCCCGCGCAACUGCAAGCACCGGCGUUGCCAACAGGGACGUUCUUGGGGCAGUGCAACGAGGUGACAGGGCCGACCAUCACCGGCCACAGAAGCUGCGCCUGGGGUGCAGGGCUUGGGCAGUACUGGCCAGGGGGCGGCGCUGAUCAUCAUCAGCUCGGCAAGAACGCCGCGGCGUCGAACACCGUCGCCAGGGAGGUGGCGCAGGAGGACGCCACGAAGCCGGGGUUGCUGCAAUACGGCUUAGGCGUUGUUACGGCCGUGGACACGGCUUCCGCGGCUGCCACUCUUCCUCUUGCGGCAUCGCCGGACGCCUCUGUCACCAUUGCCAGUGUGACUGCUUCUACUGCUGGGCUGACACGUUUCGCUGCAAGUACUGCUCCUAAUGAUGUCGUCGCCAACUAUGAUCCGUUGCAAGAACUAGCGGACGCCGUCGGGGUCACCGGUGCACGCGACGCGGCCGUGGCCGUGGCCGCGCCAACGGGAGCCGAGACCGUCGGCGCGAGGGGCUUCGCGGUCCUGUGCAUCAUGGACAGCAGCACGGGCAAGAGCGUGCUGCACAACGACGUCCCGGCCACGAAGCUCGACGUGAUGGCGCAGUUCGGCGAGGCGGCCGUCCUGUUCCGCUGCAUCGGCGAGCGCCCCGAGCACGUCCCCGUCGACGCGUCGGGCUGCACCGUCGAGCCGCUCCAGCACGGUGCCGUCUACUACGUGCUGGUAUAA